AUGGCACGGCUUUUGGCGUGCAUCGGCUUGGCUGCUGCCGAGCUUUAUGAGACGGGGAGCGGGGAAGUUGAGUUUCAGCAGAGCCUGCUGCAACAUGCCGCACGGGUUUCGAAGGAUGAAACCAUUUCGAUUUGCGAUACAGUGACGACACCUGAUCCGUCACCUUUGGCAACCUCGUUGAACCACGGGAACUUCUAUAUCAUUGCACUCAGCAAUGACACUGCCCUAAACCCGACCUCAACAGGUUAUUUCGACAAAUACAACCUCAGGACACAGUUGCGAGGGAGCGAUGAGCAUCGCAGUCUGUAUUUCAUAAACUGGUGGAUGGAGAGCGACGAUCCAUCUUCCAAGUGGGUCUUUGAGGAUGGAAGUCGAAACAUUACAGAUCCAACAUCUUUGAUGAAGAUGGCUGUGAAGGAUGCCAUCUGCUUGGAGCGGGGUUGUCGUUUUUCCCAGUGGCAUGUAGAAGUAUGGAAAGGAUUUCCGCUCUUCAUCAACUGGUCCUGCUCUGGAUUCUAUGUGGGCCACGAGGUCUUGUGGGGUGGGGCCAAAGGCGGAGGGAUCGAGCGCUACCCGCUGAAUGCGAUCAGAACCGGCCCAUAUGACCAUCCAUGCCCCUGCGGUUUUUAG